AUGACAGAACGGAGCCUGCUGCCAUUUCUCGAGCAGCCCAGUCGGAUAGACGGAGAUAAUAGGGCUUCUAAGGAAAAGCUAGCUCGAAUUGAGUACGAGCUAUCAACAUUAAAGACUGAAAAACGAUUACUUCAACAAAGUAAAGACGCCGCUAUAGGAAGAUACGAAGAACUCUUAGCAAAGAAGAAUGACGAACUACUGCACCUCCAGAACAAUUUUGACUACUUGUUUAAUCAAAGAAAGGAUCUUCAGUCUAAAUUGCUCAAUCAGAAAGAAGUAGCUAGCGCAAGCUCUAGCACUUUGAACUCAGAACUCAAAAGUCUAGCAACUGAAAACAAAGCGUUGAGAGGAAAAUUGGAGAAAUAUGAAAGACAAUUCAAUAGCAUUUCAGGGAAAUGUGACCAUCUCAGAGCAGAUUUAAAUCGAGAACUUCAGUCCAAUGACCAGUUUAGAGACCGAAUUAAGGAAAUGAAGGAUGAGAAUCAUCGUUUAACUAAACUCAACGACGAUAUUUUGGAAAGAAUGAAAGCUCUUUCCGGGCAACUAGAGAGUAAUAACUCUUUCAAUAACUAUGAGGAUUUGCAGUUACGGCUUGUAUCACUCCAGAAAACCAAUAAUCAACUUCAAUUCCGAGUGGACUCCCUCUUACAACAGAAAACGAGUAUCGAGCUUUUGAAACAGAAAAAUGCAUCUCUUGAGUCUAAGAUCUCGAAAUUAGAACGAGCAGAGGAAAAAGCUGAACUUUUGCAGUUGGAAAAUUUAGAACUUCGGACUAAGUUUGACGAGUAUUUUGGUGUUAUUUCAACUAGUGUUCAGUCCAAUAACUCGGAAAGUACUGAUGAUUCUGUGCUCAAAUUUGUUGAGACUUUCAAGGAACUUCAGAACAAAAAUCUUGUCUUAUUUGAAAAGCUAAGCGAAGUUGAAUCAAAUGUGAGCAGAUUAGAAGAUACCAAUCUAAGAUUGCAGGACGAAAUCAACCAGGAAUUGAAACCAAAACUUGAGAAUCUGCAGAAUAUGGUUAUACAACAAGAAAAUGAAAUCAAGGAGCUUAAGAAACAAAAAGUACUCAACUCAAAGGAGAUAGAGUUCUUACGUAACUCAUUGAAGAGCUUGGAUAGUGUCACUGCGCAUAUUCAGGCAACCAAAAUCUCAGCAGGAACAGAUGGGUCUUCUAAGGAGACUGAAGCUCGAAGACAGGCAACUAACCAAUAUCUUUCCAAUUUGGAGAAGUUGGUGGACGAUUAUAAGAAAGAAGUUGAGACCUUACGGAGAAAUUCAACAUUACCACAGUCAGUUAUCACUCCAGCAAAGCGACCCAGAUUGAUUGAUGAGGAUGACACCAAGACUAGGGCUGCAAUUGCCUUGCGUAAUGAGAACCUUGAACUACUUGCUGAGAUUAGAAAUCUCAAAGACAAAUUGAAUCUUGUGACCAAAAAGCUCAAACUCGCAGAGAAAUCUACAGACUCUACUAAUCAUAUUUUAGAACUUCGCUCUAAUCCGUUCUCAAAAGACCAAGCUAUCAAACAGGAAACCUUAAAUCGUCUUCAAGAUGAGAACCGUUCAUUAAUCGCAAAAUACGUGGAGAGUCGUAAUGUGGAAUCUGUUCCGAGAGCUGUUUUUGCAAGACAAGAGAAUGACAAGGAUGUCUUACAAGCUAAGAUCGACCAUCUUACAAAACGGAUAGAUCGACUCAGUUCAGUUUAUGCUGAAAAGAGUAAAGAGAUUAUCGCUGUCAUAUCCAGAUAUUUCGGUUACAAGAUUGAAUUCAUCCUGAGUCCUUUGAACCCUAAUGAGAUGUGUUCAAAGAUAAAAUUAGUUUCUAAGUACACCACACGAAAAGACUUGGGGGUUUCACCGCCAUAUCUCACGUUAGAUGUCCAUAACAAAUCUUUGAAAGCAAAUGGAACCUACGAAUUCAAAGCAAUGUGUGAAGAAUUGGUGAAUCAAUGGGUUAACGAGAAGAACCAGAUUCCGUGCUUCUUGAGCGCUCUCAAUCUCAAAAUCUAUAAUGAGUAUUUUGUCAAAUCGUCGAAUUAG